UUUAAGUUGAAUACAUAUUACUUAUCAGUAUAAUCUGUAUUGAGAAAUUUAUUUAUGAAGCUUAUUUAUCUAGAAUUAAACAAUAAUAUUCAACAUUUUUUUAUUUUAUCCGGUUUUACAAUUAAUCAUUAAUUUAUCUUAUUUUAGAUUUUUUUAUUAAUAAUGGCUGAACGUUUAGAAGAUUUAAAUUUGCCAGUAACAGCUAUAACACGUAUUGUUAAGGAGGUAUUACCAUCAAAUGUUAUUGUAUCAAAAGAAGCUAAAACUGCAUUGGCACGAGCUGCAUCAGUUUUUAUUUUGUAUGUUAGUAAUCAAGCAACUACUAUUGCCACAAACAGAAAUAAAAGGACUAUAAGUGCUCAAGAUGUAUUAGAAGCAUUGUCUCAAGUUGAUUUUGAUUGCUUAAUUGAACCACUUAAACAUAUUUUAGAGGAUUUCAAAUCAACAAAACAACAAAAAAAAGAUACUAAAAAACAAACGCCUAACAAAAACUCAGAUGAUAUUGAUAUUAUGGAUACAGCUGAUGAAGAACUGGAACUAUAAUUUUUAUAAUAUAUAAAUGAAUAUUAUAUUAAAUUUGUUUAACUAAAUUCAAAAGUUAUUAUUAUAAUUUUUCAAAUAUACUUUUUUUACUAAUUAAAA